AUGAAACUCUGCUCUCAUCAAGUGCUUCAGUCCAUCAUUGUCAUACUUUCCCUGGUGUCUCCUGUGUUCGCUGACUUGAACUCAGAUAAACUAGCUCUCCUUGCAUUUGCUGAUGCUAUACCCCAUGGUUCAAAGCUCAAUUGGAGCAAUGCUACUAGUAUUUGUAGUUCUUGGCUAGGUAUCGUUUGUGCUUCUGAUGGCACCGGUGUGUCUGGUGUUCGACUUCCUGCCGUUGGACUCACGGGCCCCAUUCCAUCCAACACUCUCGGAAAACUAGAAAAACUGGAGGUUCUCAGCCUUAGAUUGAAUCACCUCAAUGGAAAAUUACCAUCUGAUUUACUCUCUCUUCCUUCCCUCCAUCAUCUUUUCCUUCAACAAAAUAACUUCACCAGCAACAUUCCAGCCUCCUUUCCUCCCAAUAUGAGCGUGUUGGAUCUCUCAUUCAAUUCCUUUUCUGGCAACAUCCCUGAAACAAUCCAGAACUUGACUCAGCUAACUAGAUUGAACCUCCAAAAUAACUCCCUUUCGGGUUCUAUUCCCAAUAUCACGUUCUCAAGGCUCAAAUAUCUGAACAUAAGCUACAAUGAUCUCAAUGGUAGGAUUCCAUCUUCCUUCCAAAGUUUCCCAAAUUCGUCAUUUAUGGGGAACUCUUUCUUAUGUGGACUACCUCUAAAUCCUUGUUCACCAAUACUCCCCCCUCCUCCUCCUCCUCCUAAUCCUACUCCUCGUCCUUCUUCCCCUGCACCUAGUGUGGGCCCGCAACAAAAAAACUCAAAGAAGCUUCCAUUAUGGGCUAUCAUCGCCAUAGCGGUUGGAGGUGUAGCACUUAUACUUUUGGUUAUUAUUAUUUUUUUCUGCUGUUUGAAGAAAAAGAGAAGGAAUACAAGCAGUGUGCGAAAAGGGAAGUCUUCUUCUAUUGGUGGAAGGGGUGAGGAGCCUAGGGAAGAAUUUGGUGGUGAAGUACAAGAGCCUGAAAAUAACAAGAUGGUUUUCUUUGAAGGCUGUUCUUAUAAUUUCGAUCUUGAGGACUUAUUGCGGGCUUCUGCAGAGGUGCUUGCAAAGGGUAGUUUUGGGACCGCAUAUAAGGCAACUUUGGAGGAAUCGGUAACUGUGGUUGUAAAAAGGUUAAAAGAUGUAGUGGUAGGGAAGAAAGAGUUUGAACAGCAAAUGGAGAUGAUAGGGAGAGUUGAGCCACACCCGAAUGUUGUGCCUCUUCGUGCUUAUUAUUACUCGAAAGAUGAGAAGCUACUCGUCUACGAUUAUAUCUCAAGAGGCAGCCUGUUGACACUCUUGCAUGGAAACCGAGGUGCGGAUAGAGCUCUAGUAGAUUGGGAAACUAGAGUGAAGAUCGCCCUGGGAGCUGCAAGAGGCAUCGCCCAUAUCCAUGCUUUCGGUGGCCCUAAGUUCAUUCACGGAAACAUCAAAUCAUCGAACGUCCUUAUCAACCAAGACGGAGAAGGCUGCAUCUCCGAUAUCGGCUUAGCCCCUCUUGUAAACUUCCCGCCCACCACAUCUCGUUACACCGUUGGCUACCGAGCUCCCGAAGUUCUUGAUAACCGAAAACACACUCAUAAAUCCGAUGUCUACAGUUUUGGCGUCCUCCUCCUUGAAAUGCUCACCGGAAAAAAACCGCUCCAAUCUCCGGGUCGAGAAGACAUGGUCGACCUCCCGAAGUGGGUCCAGUCGGUGGUGCGGGAGGAAUGGACCGCCGAGGUUUUCGAUAUUGAGCUCAUGAAGUUUCAAAACAUUGAAGAGGAGAUGGUUCAAAUGUUGCAGAUCGGUAUGGCGUGCGUUGUGCUUGCCGCCGAUAUGCGGCCCACCAUCGAUGAAGUCGUUAAAAUGAUCGAAGAAAUUCGGUUAUCCGACUCCGAAAACCGGCGCUCGUCCGAUGAGAUCAAACCCAAGGGCGCGAAUGGUCGAACCCCUUGAUAAUUUCACGGUUACUCCUGUAAGUUUAUGGCCAAAAAACUCCCAUUUUGAAAACCUUCAAACUCAGUUUCCUUUUCUUUCCAUUUUUAGGAAGUUGCAUUAGGAUUAGAUUUAGGUUUUGUUUCUCUUAAUUUGUUGCAAGAUAACAGUUUUCAAGUUGAUUGA